CUGUGAGCGCGCGCUUUGAGUGAGCGCGAGAGCGUUCUUAGUGCUGUCAAGACUAACCGGCGGUCUUCGUUUAUCGUUUGCAGCUUUAUAGCCUAGAUCAAAGUUAGGCAGUGAGCUCUUCUCCUGCAUUGUUUACACGCUUUGCGUUCGCGUUUAAUACUCGCGCAGUAUCUUCAACAAAAUAAGGGAGGACAUAACAAUAAAUGCGAGAAUAGUGGCGAGAUAUAGUGUAGGGCGCGUAGUCUACUGUCGCGACCGUGUUUAGACUCACUUGGGGAAAUAGUGUUAUUCACCCAUGCGUGUUCUUGCGCGUGGCAGAGGUCCUGGAAUCGUUAUUCAUUUGUAUAGCUCAGUUCGUUAUAUUUCACAUCGUUACCGUAAGUGACACACGCAUGACCCAGGCGCCCUCAGCUUUCCUCCAGCCGGCGCCGGUGAUGCCAUGCCCCGCAACCAUAGCGGAGAUGAAAGCAGCUCGGGGCUCUGGAUGAAAACUUCACCUAAGGGGAACCUCACCGCUGGCCACAGCUUGAAAGAUGUGGAGUCCGGCAAAAGGAUUAUGAACCACGCGUCGAGAUCUGGGGACGGCUUGCUGUCAGCCGCGACUGGCGCAGGUGCGAGCGGCGCGGAGAGCCACCGGGGGAAGCAAGGUGCUCGGCUCAGCCUGCUCGGGAAGCCGUUGGUGUACAGCGCGCAGAGCGGCAGGAGGAACGUGCGUUAUCGGCGACUUCAGAAUUACCUGUACAACGUCCUGGAGAGACCGCGCGCCUGGGCUUUCAUAUACCACGCCUUUGUGUUCAUCCUUGUGUUUGGAUGUCUGAUCCUCUCUGUCCUCUCCACCAUCCCGGAACAACAGGAACUGGCCUCGCACUGCCUCCUCAUCCUGGAGUUUGUGAUGAUUGUGGUGUUCGGCCUGGAGUACAUCUUCCGCAUCUGGUCAGCCGGCUGCUGCUGCCGUUACCGAGGAUGGCAGGGACGACUGCGCUUCGCCAGGAAGCCAUUUUGUGUCAUAGACAUCAUCGUGCUCAUCGCCUCGGUUGCCGUGGUGUCGGCCGGCAGCCAAGGCAACAUCUUUGCAACGUCGGCGCUCCGCAGCCUGCGCUUCCUGCAGAUCCUGCGGAUGGUGCGGAUGGACCGCCGCGGAGGCACCUGGAAGCUGCUGGGAUCUGUAGUCUACGCACACAGCAAGGAGCUGGUCACCGCAUGGUACAUCGGGUUCCUGGUGCUCAUCUUCUCCUCGUUCCUGGUCUACCUGGUGGAGAAAGAGCUGAACACAGAGUUCGCCACCUACGCGGACGCUCUGUGGUGGGGCACGAUCACGCUCACCACUAUAGGCUACGGGGACAAGACGCCUAAGACGUGGACGGGCCGCAUGCUCUCAGCCGGAUUUGCACUACUGGGGAUUUCGUUUUUCGCCCUGCCCGCGGGAAUCCUGGGGUCCGGCUUUGCCCUGAAGGUGCAGGAGCAGCACCGCCAGAAGCACUUUGAGAAGAGGAGGAAUCCAGCUGCCUGCCUCAUUCAGUGUGUUUGGCGCAGCUAUGCGGCUGAUGAGAACUCGGUUUCCGUUGCUACCUGGAAGCCUCAUUUGAAGGCGUUCCAUACCUGCAGUCCUACAAAGAAGGAGCAGGGCGACCCGUCCACAACAAGCGGUCAGAAGAUGAGCUUCAAGGACCGCGUGAGGAUGGCGAGCCCGCGGGGCCAGAGCAUCAAGAGCCGUCAGACGUCCAUGACGGACCGGCGCUCGCCAGGGGCCGAGAUCAGCGGCGAGGGCUCCAGCCCGGCCAAGGUGCAGAAGAGCUGGAGCUUCAACGACCGCACACGCUUCCGGCCCUCCCUGCGCCUCAAGAGCCAAUCACGCGCCCCCACCGAGAGUGAGACUACCAUGACAGCGGACGACACGUUUGACGAGAGAAGCUGCCACUGUGACAUCACAGCGGAGGACAUGCUCCCCCCCAUUAAAUGUGUCAUCAGAGCUGUCAGGAUCAUGAAGUUCCAUGUGGCCAAGAAGAAGUUCAAAGAGACGCUGCGACCGUACGAUGUGAAGGACGUGAUUGAGCAAUACUCCGCUGGACACCUGGACAUGCUGUGCCGAAUCAAGAGCCUGCAGACACGGGUCGACCAGAUCCUGGGCCGGGGCCAGAUCCCUCUGGAUAAGAAGGUCCGGGAGAAGUUGCUGUCAGACGGGGACCUGAUGGAGGACGUCAGCAUGCUGGGCCGCGUCUGUAAAGUGGAGAGACAGGUUCAGUCCAUUGAAUCCAAGCUGGACUCUCUGCUGGACAUCUACCGGCAGGUCCUGCACAAGGGCUCCUCCUCGGCCCUCACUCUGUCCUCCUUGCCCUUGUUCGAGUUCGAGGCCACCUCCGGCUACCCCAGCUCCCUCCUCAGCAAGGACCUGUCCACCUCCUCCUCUCAGGUGCCUCGCUCAGCCAGCUCCAACCUGCAUCAUCGGGGGGGCCUGCACAUCAUCCUGGCCCCCAACGAGCUCAACCUCAACCUGGGCUCCUCUCCGUCGGGCCCCGACCCCACUCCCAGCCCGGGGCCCUUCAGCCCCCAGCCCCCCACCCCAGACAGCGUGUCAGCGGACACCCCACCUCCGCUGCCCUUCACCCCCAACAGCUUCUCCUCCGGGAUGGGCCACGGGUAUUUCUCCAGCCUGGGGCGACCUCCUCCGCACCCUCUCUCCUCCGCCGGCGGCAUCUCCAACCCCAUGAUGCAGCUCCCGACGGUGCCUCCGCCGCCACCUCCUCCUACCGCCCACACCCCGCUGAUCAGGGCUAGCAGGAGGGAGGUGGCCCCUUCCGGGGGGGACUUCUCCCCGCCCUACCUGAUGGGGGUGCGCGAAGGAGGUGGAGGAGGCACUGAGCUCUGGGUUGGGCAGGCCCCCCUCACACCACCACCACCACCAGCACCCUAAGAGCAGGCUGAGCGCCAAAGAGGACUGCUCCUGGAGGAGACACGCCAGCCUGGAGAUGGACCCCCUGGCUCCUACACCGAGGAGGCCAGUCUCAGGGGACCUGGGUCUGGGAAAGUCCCUGUCCGUGCAGGACCUCCUGGGGACAGGGCCGGAGGUGGACGGCAGCCCCAGUUUGUCCUCUUCAAUCUCCAGCAGCAAUGACUCAAGCAGGGCCCUUGGGGAACCUCUCUGUGGAAGGGGAGGAGGAGGAGGAGGAGGAGGAGGAGGGUGGGGGGAGGCUGACCUCUUCAUCAGCGAUAAGGACCUGGAAGCCCCUGGGCGGGCGUUUGACUUCCUGUCCGCUGGGACGGAGGAGACCACGUUUUCCUCGGAGCUCCUGCAAACGAGCGCAACGGAUCCUCCGGCCCCCGGCCACGGCCUGGCCCAAGGUCAAGGUCAAGGUCAAGGUCAAGGAGAGCCGGGCUGCGGGAGCGAGGAGUCCAUUAACAUGCCCCAUGUGAGGCUAAAAUAGAGACAACACAGAUAUCUGACAGGCUGGCCACAUUUGAACACAAACCUUUAUUUUUAUUUGACAUUUUUUUUUUUUUUCAAAAUCAAGAUUGGGAAGCAAUAUGUUUUCAUAAAAAACCAUUGUGUCAGCCAAUCUUUGAUAGACAGUCUUUAAUUUUUAUUUUUCUGGUUUCACUUAAAUGUAUAGUACUUUCAGAAGAAAGGACAAGAGUACCUCUACACACGAUACUAUUGCAUGAGUUUCUUUGUAAGAAACUAGACAUGUAUUUGAUGCACUCAUGGUUUGAGGGACAGCGUUUUUUUUUUUCCGUUUUUUAAGGAGACAGUGAAGUGUGAGAACCUCAUUUUGGACAAGCCAUGACCUCAACACUGCAUGCACUCUGCAUGGAUCCUAUCAGCUAGAGCAUGACAUUCAUCGAAACAUAAUCUCAUUGUUCAAAGUCUACGUACCACAACACAACACAAAGUUGACACCAUAGCGUUGUACCCAAUCGCAUAGUGUACGUGGUCAGAACCAUCUUUUUUGCACAUGUUAACCGUAUGUUAUGUAAGAAAGCUCACGUUAUAUUAUACUUACAAGUGCCGGACACAAUGAAAGACAUCUCUGCUUAAUACUGUAUUGUACAGUUUUGAUAACCAAACUCAAUGUUUAGAUGGUGAAGAACUUUAGCAACACUUUCACAGGUGGCAGCUUCAGCAUCUGCCAAUGUCCUGUCUUUUCAAAGUCAAUAGAAUGUGGUCUCAACAUACCUGAAACAUGACACUCCCUUUUUAAACCACAUUUCAUCCAAAACCCAUAAGGAUGUAUUUUAACGAAUCUAGUGUUGGUAGUUAGGUUAAAUGCUGCUUGUUAUUACUAGUGAACCUAAAAAAAAAUGAAACACUGACUGACUGAGAGCUUUCUUUGAUGGUGAAAUAUCCUACAAUGACUCGUGGAAUUUGCUUGAUGCAAAUCCAGACGCAGAGCAGAGGACGCAAGGAGUGUCGUUUACACUUGCCUUAGAACGUUGAGCUGCGGAACAGAUGACGAGGUGUAGCCUACCACAGAACAAUGUGUCAAACUCCGCUGGUGUGUGGAGAAGCCCCACUAGAGUAAAGCCCAAAUAGUGGUCUGAUGUAGUUGGCUGGCUUGGGAUUUCAAAUUUGACAUAGUUUGAUUGUUAGUUGCAACAAUCCAUCCCUUCCCUUUUUACUUUGAAGGGAUGAAAAAGAUAACGAUGUUUAGCUAGGUAGAUAGAUAAGAAUCCAAACACAGUUUAUCAGACCUUAUUUAGACGGAUUACAACAUAUAUAACCCUACUGCAUAUUUUUAUUGUCACUAGAAGUUACUAUUAUUUUAUGGUUUUUUUUUGUUCUCCUCUCAACUGGGUACGUCCUGUACAAUGUUACAAUUGUGUCAUUGUUCCCGCAAAUUGUAUUUCUUGCUCUGUUGAUAAAGGUACGAUUUAAUACUGCACAACCAUAGCAAAAUCGUACACUGGCACAUAGUUGUAAAUGCUGAGUUGGACUGGACAUCCACGGCUGUUGGCGAUUCACUGUGAACUUCCAAGUGUACGUUGGGGCACGCAGAAAAAAAAAACACCACGCAUAGAAAUGGUGCCUUUCAUUCAGCCUCAACAUCAAUCUUCCUCAGCAGAGAACAGGACGAUCUCAGACUGACACGCACCCUUCUUUUUUCCUUAGCAUUUUGAAAACUGCCCACCCUGUCCAGGAUUAAGCCACGGCAAAUGAGCCUUUUAAAUGUUUGUUUCCUGUCGUAACACAAUUCAUUUUUGUUUUUCACCAUGAUGGGAAAGCCCAAGUUCCUUUAGCUAAAUACAGCCUGUUGCACCACAGAGAUGCAAAUUAACCUUUCUUCUAAUACUGAAAAGAGUAAAAAAAAUAAAAACAGUAAAACUGAACAAAAAA